AUAGAUAUACGGACGAUGCACCAAACGAAGUCCGUCAUAACAAAUUGGGAGCAGCGUCCAGUCCUUAAUAAUUUCUUUGUACAUGGGAUCUUCGACCCUAUUGAUUUCUUAGCUUUACAAGCGAUUCGAAAAGGCUUAGAUGAUUUGCCAGGUUCGAACUAUUUUGCUUCUUGGGAUUUUACUAGUGAACCGUGUGACUUCCCCGGAGUUUAUUGCGAGGGAGAUAAAGUGAUCACAUUGAAUCUUGGUGAUCCCAGAGCUGGAUCGCCCGGUUUAACCGGAAAUUUGGAUCCUUCUAUUGGGAAACUCUCUGCGCUUGUGGAGUUUACGGUGGUUCCGGGUCGGAUAACCGGUGCAUUGCCGGAAAGUCUUUCUCAGUUGACUAACCUGAGAUUCCUAGGAGUUAGCCGGAACUUUCUCUCCGGUGUUAUUCCGGCGUCAUUGGGUCUACUCCGGGAGCUGCAAACUAUUGAUCUUAGUUUCAAUCAGCUCAGUGGGAGUAUUCCUUGGGCUAUUGGAGCUCUUCCGGCAUUGUCCAACGUCAUACUCUGUCACAACCAUUUGUCCGGUUCGAUCCCACCAUUCGGAUCUCAAAGAUUGACCCGUUUAGACCUUAAACACAACCAACUUUCAGGUACCCUUUUGCCUAAUUCACUUCCCUCGUCGCUUGAAUACUUGUCAUUGUCAUGGAAUCAGUUAACCGGUCCAGUGGAUUAUCCGUUAACUCGGCUGAACCAGUUGAACUACCUGGAUCUUAGCUUGAAUCGGUUCACCGGCUGCAUUCCAGGAAUCUUAUUUACUUUCCCACUCACAAAUCUUCAGCUGCAGAGGAAUCUAUUUUCGGGUCGGGUUUUACCUAUUUCACAAGUGACAAUUCCAACGGUGGACAUCAGUUUCAACAGGCUAUUCGGGGACAUAUCUCCAUUGUUCUCUAAUGUGCAGAAUUUGUAUCUGAACAAUAACCGGUUCACCGGUCAAGUGCCCGGGGUGUUGGUGGACCGGUUAUUAACGGCCGGAAUACAGGUUUUGUAUUUACAGCAUAAUUUUCUGACGGGGAUUCAGAUUAAUCCGGCGGUGGAAAUUCCGGUGAGCAGUUCAUUGUGUUUGCAGUAUAACUGUAUGAUUCCGCCGGUUCAGACCGCUUGUCCAUUGAAAGCCGGGAAGCAGAAGAGUAGGCCUACAAAUCAGUGUGUGGAAUGGAAAGGGCAAAAGAGUGAAAAAACAAACAAUAUUACUGCAUAAAUUAUGAUUAUUUUUGGGGGUUAUUAGAUUCUUUCAUUGAUUAAAUUUCUUUUUCCUGUUUAUGGUGAAAUUGUUAUGAGGUUAACAAAUAAAAAAGUAAAUGUGCAUAAAGGGGAGAGAAAGAGUAAAAGAGGGGGGGGGGGGGGGGGGGGGGGGGGUGGAGGGAGGGACCAUCCUAUUAUUUUUAUGUUAAAGAGUAUGUAUUUUCUGUUAAGCCAAAAGAGUGACUAACAAUUUUGGCAUUUCUUUUUUGUAAUUAGGUACUAUAAUAGUUUUGCUCCUUAUUCAAUUUACAUGGAUUAUUAUUGAAUUUACAGUUCUCAAGUUCAAAGAAGUUAUGCUCCUUCUCA